AUGAAAGGAAAACGAACUGCACCUACUAGAUGUAUUACCGAAGAAAUCAAACGAAAAUGCAAACAAUCCAACGGGGAUACCAAAUUUGUUUAUGUUGACGAGUACUUAACGAGUCAGAUCUGUAAUAAAUGCAAAUCUCAACAAUUAAAUAAUAUCUUCAUUGUUAGAUCAAAGCGAAGAGUACACUCUGCCCUCAAGUGUGAUUCUUGUGGUACGGUUUGGAAUCGCGAUGUGAACAGUGCAUUAAAUAUAUAUGGUAUCUUUACAAAUCAAAACACGACAAUGAAAGUCCUCCUCCCAUCAAAAGACCUUCAAAAGACUAACGGUGCUCUUGGAUUUAAUGCGCUAUCUAUAACUGAAGUGCGUUCCUUAACGUCUCGGUAA